UAAAAAUGUGGCUUCUCAUUCCUCUCUCUUAAUCUGUCCGGAGACGACGACGACAACCAACAAGGGAGAAAGGCAUAUCGACGAUGGGUUCCCAGUCAUUGCUUGUGCUGCCAGCACCAACGAUGAUGAUUCCGUCUAAAAUUGCAGCAUCAUCCCUUGCGCCUCCUCGCCCUGGCCCCCUCUGCUUCCCUCGCGCUCUGACCAUCACUGAUUCGGUGGUUUUCAGAGUCAAGUCCAAUUCUGCUCGGAAUAAGCUUGCCUCCUCCAUACGUUGUGCAUUGACUCCUGCGCUGAAGACUACAUUGGAUAAAGUUGUUACAUCACACAAAGUUGUGCUUUUCAUGAAGGGAACCAAGGACUUCCCUCAAUGUGGAUUUUCACAAACUGUGGUGCAAAUAUUGAAGUCAUUAAAUGUACCCUUUGAAUCAGUUAACAUUCUAGAAAAUGAAUUGCUACGUCAAGGACUGAAGGAAUAUUCUAGCUGGCCGACGUUUCCUCAACUCUACAUAGACGGAGAAUUCUUUGGUGGCUGUGAUAUCACUGUUGAGGCAUAUAAGAGUGGCGAAUUGCAGGAACAAGUGGAAAAGGCAAUGUGCUCUUGAAAUUCUUCCAGUUGUGUGAAAUUCAGCUGCUGCUACUUGCAACUUGAAGCCAUGUAGGGUGUCAAAUCCAACUCUGAAAAAGCUGGUCACUAAUGUGUUUGGAAGAAAGGUCUUUCUCAAAUUAGAUCAGAACUAAUGAUCAUUAUGUAUUUUGUGCUGCAAGCAUAGCAGAUUAACGUAUACAAGAUUUGCGUAUAGAAGAAACACUUUCUUUGCUUUUGCUUUCA